AUGGACCGUGGGGCUCAUAUCAAAAGCCGUCGAGUCCUCCAACAACCAAGCGGUUUCGAAGAGGGCUUAUUUGUUACAAUCCUUGACAAGUAUGACGACAUCCUGAACCCAACUGGUCAAGAGGACGAUGUGGCUGCAGUCAACUCACCUCCCAAGGUUGAGACUGUUCAACUGGACUAUGGACACGUUAGUCUUCUUGCGAAGGCGUCACACUCUGGCGUGCUGUCUCCCGGAAACAUCGACGCUGUCUCGUGA